AACAUAUAUGAGUUGAUAAUUUCAGGCUUGGAAUUUGAAAAGAAAGCUGGCCCAAAAAGAUUUAAAAGCCCACCAAAGACGAUUCACCAACUUUCUCAACCAAAACCCUAGACCUGACAGGAUUACGAUUACCUCUCUAUAUAUAUAAGCCUUUUUCUAAAUCCUCUAAGCUCUCAAGUCUCGACGCCUGCUGCCAAGCAGGCAAACCAAACCCUAAAGCUAAGAUUUACUGUUGAAAAUUUUUGGUAAAAUGGCCGCCGGUGAACUCGCCUGUACUUACGCCGCAUUGAUCCUCCACGACGAUGGAAUCUCAAUCACCGCCGAGAAGAUAGCUACAUUGGUGAAGGCAGCGAACGUGGGCGUUGAAUCUUACUGGCCAAGCCUCUUCGCCAAGCUCCUUCAGAAGAUUAACGUCGAUGAUCUCAUCACGAAAGUCGGUUCCGGUGGCGGUGCUGCCCCUGGUCCCGUUGCUGCUUCCUCUGGCACCGACGCUGCUGGUGCUGCUGCUGCUGCCGCCCUCGCUGUCGAGGAGAAAAAGGUAGAAGAAAAGGAAGAGAGUGAUGAUGACAUGGGAUUCAGCUUAUUUGAUUAGGCACAAUCUUCCUGUUUGGAUUUCUUUUCUUAUUUUCUCUUUUGCGGAAAAUUUGGACCCAUCUCAAACAUUACUUGAAUUUUGUUUACGUUUUGAAAAUUCUUAAUUUACCUCACUUUUUUCAGAGAUUGAACAAGUUACAUCGUGGAUUCUUUUUCUAUCUAUACUGUUGGUUUCUGUGUUGAUUUAGGUUUAGAUAUCUUUGUAUGUUGGAAGAAUUUUUGCUUACCCUCUUGAUUAUGAAAGUUAUUUUAUCAACCAUGACGCAAAUAAUUCUGAGGAAAUAAAUACAUGGAAAUUGUGAUUCCCAAGGAGACCAAGUUGGAAGUAGAGUUGUGUUUUUAUCGAUGGUGGUGAUUUCGUUUUGGUGAUAGCUCG